AUGGCUGGCGUUCCACAGAGCAGAAACACCUUCGACGAGCGUGACCAUGACGGCUCCUCGAACGUUGCACUCCUAGACGGCAAGUGCAAAAGUUAUCCGAAACCAUAUCACCACGCGACCAGGCGGCGCAGAUGGACCGUAUGGACGCUGCUGGCACUUCCCAUACUAUUACUCUGCUUCGGUAGCACCAUCUACCUGACCAGCCUCAUCAUCAUCCUCAGCCCCAUCCGCUGGGAUGAAGAAGCCUUCAGCACGUUCCGGCAAUGGGGCCAACCGGGGCACCUAGGCACCGGCUUCUCAGGCUACACCGCGAACUUCACGCACAACGUGCGGCCGAUCCCCUGCCACAGCCACAACGACUACUGGCGGCGGGUGCCGCUCUUCGAAGCGCUCAGCUACGGGUGCUCGAGCGUCGAAGCGGACGUGUGGCGCUUCGACAGCGAGCUGUACGUGGGGCACUCGACGCGGGCACUGCAGCGCCAACGCACCUUCAGCAACCUGUACGUCGAGCCGCUGGUAGCGCUGCUCAACGCCCGGCAAACGAACGCGUCGAGCGCCGCCGAGUCCGACUCAGCGCGCCCCGUCGGCGUCUGGGAUCGCGACCCCGCACACCCGCUCGUCCUGCUCGUCGACUUCAAGAACUCCGGCCGCGCUAUCUGGCCGCUCUUCAUCGCGCAGCUCGAGCCCCUGCGCGCGCGCAACUACCUCACCCACUUCGACGGGGAGAACGUCGUCCCGGGCCCCGUCACCGUCGUCGCGACAGGCGACGCGCACUUCGACCUCGCGGUCGCGAACGCGACUUACCGGGACGUGUUCCUCGACGCGCCGCUGGCGGCCAUGGCGGACGGCUCUGUCUCUGUCAGCAGCACAGCAGGUGCUGGCCACGCGCCCGCAUCGCUGCCGCAGGGCCUGCCCGCGAACCCGGAUCUGUACAAUCCGACGAACAGCUACUACGCCAGCGCGUCCUUCUCGAAAACGGUGGCCUACCUGCUCCCGUUCCCGCGUUUUGGCGGCGGCAGCGGCGGGGGGCAGCUGCUCAGCCCCUCGAAGCUGAAGAUCCUGCGCGGUCAGAUUGGCGGCGCGCAUCGUCGCGGGCUGAAGGUAAGGUAUUGGGGCACGCCGGCGUGGCCGCAUGGGUUGAGGAGGGCGGUGUGGGAUAUGUUGGUGGGCGAGGGAGCGGAUUAUCUCAAUGUGGAUGAUUUGGCAGAGGCGGCGGGGAGGGAGUGGAGGAGUGUGUGA